AUGAAUACACCGAGCGAUAUCUUUCAGUCGCGUUAUUACAAAAUUAACCGUGCGCUACUCUUGAGUCUAGGGCAAUGGCCCUUUCAGGGGGAUAGGAAUAGACAAGCCGUGUUUGCCACGGUAUCGUUUAUCGGCAUAACGCAAGCCCUUACGCAGGUACUCGCCUUAGUGACACUACGCGACGACCUGGAAGCGACUUUAGAGUGUGUACCACCGCUCAUAGUAGAUUGCGUUUGCAUUGUUAAAUUAACAAAUUUAUGGUGCAACAUGGAGAAGAUCAAAAUACUUUUUCUACACAUACAAAGGGACUGGUGUUCGUGGGCUAUCCAGAGCGAAUUCGAAAUUUUACAUAAGUUCGCCGAGAGUGGAAGAAGUAUAACGAUCGGCUAUGCUGGUGGCUUAUACACGUUCGGCUGUCUCUUCCCGUUGGCGGCGAUAAUCCCGAAAAUAACCGGCACAGCCGUACAGUCCAAUUAUUCGACGCGGCCAAUAGGAUUUCCGUAUCACGUGGAGUACUAUAUAGACCUCGAGAAGUACUAUUAUCCCGUCCUUAUUCACAAUUACGUAACUACUGCUAUUCGUCUCACCACCAUAGUCGCGUCCGACACGUGCGUGACUAUUUUGGUGCAACAUUGUUGUGCAUUGUUCUCAGUAGUCAGGUAUCGUCUGGAGCACACACAGAGGUCCAUUGAACAGGACAAGGAGCUCGUUACGCUCGAAGGUGAUAAGAAAUUUUACAGAAAUUUUGUGUACUCCAUCCAAAAACACGAAGAUGCCCUACAAUUUGCGCAUAUCUUGGAAACUAUCUAUAUGAAGGCCUUCUUUUUGGAAGUUGGCCUGAUCGUCGGGGCUAUGAGCUUCUCGGCUUUACAGGCGGCCAGUGAAACUCUAACUCCAGAACUCGCGAUUCGGCAUGGCGGCUACAUUACCGCGCAGUUGCUACACUUAUAUAUUGCGUGUUGGUUAGGCCAACAAAUAAUUGAUCACAGCAGUUGCGUGUACACGUCGAUUUAUAAAGGUGAAUGGUACGAAUCGUCGUCCAAGUCCAGGAGACUCUUAAACAUGAUAAUGAUGAGGAGCACAUUACCGUGUACAUUAACUGUCGGGAAAAUGAUGGUGCUUUCUCUUCCGACUUUCAGCGCGGUGAUACGUGUGUCCGCUUCAUAUUUCACUGUUUUGCAAUCCGUGCAGUAAUUUAAGUUUUUCUGUUUUAAAAAAGCGUAAAAGAUUAUAAUCGGUGCAAAAGUGAUGUAUACUUCAUUACUUAAAUAAUAGUUAAAAUAUAUUGUCGAUAUUUAUAUAGAAUAAUCAAAGAUAGGAACAUAUAAUUUUUCCCAAUAAUCCUUGGCAAA